UUUUAGAACUGAUCACAUCUCAUUUCCCUUAAGUUCUUAAAGUGCAUCGUCCGGACUUUCUAAAUAAAAUCCAUUUAAAAUUAAUUUCAAAUUUACAUACAACAAGGUCCUUCAUUAUUUAUUUUUGCAGCUGCUUCUUGAACUAGCUGUUUUUCCCUGUAAUUGAACUCAGCAGAUGCAUACAGAUACGGGUACGUGCAAUGAACGUCCAGACUCGACACUCCGAGUUGAACUCAUUUUUGGGCUUUCUUUUAGUUUUUGGUUCAAAUGAAGCUAGUUGAGUGAACUUGCUAGAGCAUAAAUUUUGUCGGCCGCUGUGAAAUAUCAGCUGGACAGAAAUUGUGAGAUUGGUUUUUGGGACACCUGGUUGCACGAUCGAUUGUCUGAUUUGUUUUGUUGGUGUCGUUCAGCUGUGGCUAACGAAUAUUUUCGAUGUAAAAUUUUUGUGAUAAUUCACGCAAAUCACAAUUACAGUACAAGUACUGACAAUUUAACUCGAAAGCUUCUGAAGUACAGCUUGGUCAAUUUAUUGCAUCAUUGUUCUGAUAAUUUAACAUAAUGCGACGCAGUAUCUUGUGCGCCUUUAAAGAUUAAUUUAUUACCAGAGAACAAAAACCACCUCGGCUUUGUCUUUAUACUUAUGCGCCAGGUCCAAACAUUGCUGUGCUGUUUUCUCGCGCAAAAGCAAGUGUGCAAUUAAUUACAUAAUUACAAACGUAUUUUUAUUAUUUUUUAAUCACUGUAUUCGAGUUUCAACCAGACUUAUCGCUGUUAUUCAGAUUAUAACGCAUUUGCUUCGACCCGACGGCGGCACAUUUCUGAAUUUUUAUCUGCUAAUCUAUGUUUGGUAAUAUUCCUUCACUUUACUUGUGAAUUACAUUACUGAAGGUUGCAAUUCCAUAUUAACUCAAUCUCUACACCAGUGUCGUCCGCGCUAUAAGACCAACGACCCUACACCUACGUGUCUUAAGAUAGAUCCGAGAUCCGAUCAACUGCUACUAAUGAUUUGAUAUCGCCAGAGGACCAAAUACGAUCUAUACAUCGAGCAUCAAUUGAAGCCAAGUCGCCUGGGGACAAUUGAAGCCCUCGUCUAAUUGAAUCCCCAGCUGAACCGAUUGAUCAGUCUUCCUUCUUUUCCUUAUAUUCUAUUCAGUUAUCAGUUUUACUUGAACGGGCUGGGCUCCUCCGAUUAUUAGCAGUAAUAACUAGAAGUCUGCACAGUUCCAACUUGACAAUGUAACAAUGCAGAUGACUACCUGUCUCAGCAACAUCUCUACAGUCCUUAUUGAUUAGCUCAAAAUUUGUCGGUCUUCAUUCAGUUUAUCACUUGAUUACAUUUCAAUGUUCACUCGAACAGAAACAGAACUCAAGUUCUUAAUCUCAAUUGUUCGCUUUGUAAGUCAACUUGCUAAGUGAAAGAUAAAAUGUACGAACCCUUGAAAUAUAGUGAUAAACAACAGAGGCAGCAGACAGUUGAUUCAGUUUAUUCUCGUUGCUGUGAACCUAAACUUGAUCGAUCUCGAAACAUGAACAAGAGUUUAGACUAUCUUGCAUCAUAUUCUGUCUCAAACUUGAAAAGGGGACAAGACUUCGCUCAAUGCUUGGCAAGUUAUCGAACCCCAUAUUUCCCAAACCAAGUGCCUCACUCAUACUUAAAGCCAACUACGCAUCACUACCACCAUCAAAGUUGGCACCCUCCCAACCACAACUACACGUAUACCUCCUCACAUAUCAAGUCAAACCAUUGCCCUUUUCAACGUUGCCUUCCCCGCGUAGAUUAUUCUGCAGAACUGCUAAGAGUUCCUGAGCUGCACCCAGAUGGCGAAAUGGGAACUCCCUUAUAUGGAAAGUCGAGAGUGGAGUUGGAACUCGGGUCGGACGAACAAGAACUGAUGCAGAUUCGGCGCACAGAAUCGUCUACUCGAACCACUUCAUCUUCUUCAUCCUCAACAUCAUCAUCUCAAAGUGGCCUUAACACGUCUCCUUUUCAAAUGGAGAAGCAUUUAUCGCUAUUCAAAAUACCGCCUCUUCAAAGCCCACUUGGAAAUAGUCUCAAAUUGCACGCCAUUUGGAAAUGCUCAAUUUGGGCAUCUAUGUUUACAGGAUCAUGUGGGAAAAGGAGGCGAGCUUCUACUCGUAGUGAGAAAGAGAGAUCGCGUUUACAAUUAAAGUCCACGCAGAAAAGUGCUUCAAAUACUUGGAGACAUCCUUGUAAUGCGUUGAGUUCCUCCUCGUUCUACCCCAAGUUACUGAUGCACCUUUUGCUACUCAUCUCCUCGCUAAUUACCACAAACGCAAUGCACAUCAAUGAUCAGAGAAACUUACUAAAGAGAGAAUCACCCUCCAGAACUGUCAACAUGGACACUGUAGCGAGACACAGACGUUCGUCAGGAUCCUUAUAUGAACAGAUGCCUCGGAGUGGGGGUAAUCAAGGGGGUGGCAUUGGUGGCCGGCCCAGUGGGGGAACAGACUCAGACUGUUCAAUGGGAUACUGUUCCGACUGGAUUCAUAACAGCUAUGCAUUCAACAGAGAGGUGCUGGAAAGAUGUGUCAUCUUCAACAACGGACUAAUCUGUCUGCAGAAUGUUGACGCCAGUUGCUACAAGGACUUGAACUACCAUGUAUCAAAUCGGUACCUGCAGAAUCAAUUCGAUGAUCUAAACUGCAAAGAGGUAAUAAAGAACCACACGAAUGAGCUGCCGAUGAUCUCACAGCCGACUCAAAGACGGGACCCGAGCAAUUUCUGCUACAUGGAGGACCCGGGAGUGUCUCUGCAGUCGCAGCCUGUCUUCUGCAGUCUGUUCGGAGACCCCCACAUUGUCACUUAUGGGGGACGAAAGCAGACUUGUGCUGCAAUUGGGGCUUGGCCUCUGGUUGACAAUGUCUAUUUCACUAUACAAGCCUUAAAUGUGCCCAUAGGGGACAUUAACGAUAGAUUCGGAAGACCAGGAUCAGACCAGGAUCCAAAUCCGACCGAGUGGUCGCGCAGUUAUUCAUCCGGAUCUCGAAUAUCUAGAAGUACAGAAGUGACGCAAUCAUUUGAUAGUCAUAUUCGCAAUGCAAGAGACACUAUUGGAUCACAUGAACGAAAGGACGAUCAGUCCAAUGCUUUAAGUUCCGCGUCGGCUAUCAAUAGAGUGCUGGUUGUGUUUCGAUCUAAACUGAACUGCGUGGCCAAAGAGAAGAUCUAUGACACGACUGAGAGCAUGUUGCCCUCUUCGUUCAACGACGGAACUUACGAGGGCGGCCAUAGCGACAACCUCUACGUGCUGCAGAAGGAGGCCAACGGCACUCACGUAGAACUACAGGCCAAGUACAUCAACACCACAAUUGUAAUCAGAAGAAUAGGAUCCUAUCUCUCAAUAUCAGUCAAAUCUCCAGUAGACGUGGCCAAAGCCUUGCCCUCCUACGGCCAUACAUCGCGCGAUUUCCACAUGGAACUAUGCAGUGCCGCAUGUCCAGAUACGGAGACUCUAGCUGAGUUUCCGGCCACACCGCCCCCUCCACAUCCGAGUAAAGCUCGGGUGUCGUACGAGACUGCGAGGAAGCGUUGCAGCCACUUGGCUGGAUUCUUUCUGGACUCUUGCAUCUUCGACGUCAUGACAACUGGCGACUGGAAGACGUUCGUAGAAAUAGGCCAGAAGUCGAGUGAGGACGAAUCGAGACUGAAUAUUAGAAGUGCCGUCGGUGUCGAGAGCUUGUUCCCCUCACCUUCCAACAGUAGAAAAUUGUCGUCUGCAUUGUCAAUAUGCACCGCUAAUGCUUUCAAAACUGGCCUCUCAGUCUUCUUAAUUUUUAUUUUUUACUUCAAUUUUUCAUCUUUAAUGCUCUAAUAUUAAUACUAUUCUCUUCUCAUUUGCAUUGCUUUUCCUCAUUUUUGUCCAAAUUGGAGUAAAUAUUGUUUAAAUUCUAUAUUUUUGAUUAGUUUAGUGUAUAAUUAA